UCAUCUUUCUUCUUCUUUCACUAUCCACCUACAACUGGACAAGCUACAACCAUUAGACAUGGAUCUCAGCACUGUGUUGUGCUUGUUUGUUUCUUUCCUAUCCAUUUUUCUGUUCAAAUCACUCGCCAAAUCCUUCCUCUUAUCUUUUAAAGGAAAACAAUCACCACUUCCUCCCGGGACCAUGGGCUGGCCUUACAUAGGAGAAACCUUCCGAAUGUAUUCUCAAGACCCAACCAUUUUCUUUGCCACAAAAAUCAAGAGGUAUGGCUCUAUGUUCAAGUCACACAUUUUGGGUUAUCCUUGUGUGAUGAUUUCUGACUCGGAAGCAGCAAAGUUUAUAUUGAACAAAGAUCAACUCUUCAAACCAACAUAUCCUGCUAGCAAAGAGAGGAUGUUGGGGAAGCAAGCAAUUUUCUUCCACCAAGGAGCAUACCAUGCUAACCUCAGAAGGCUUGUCCUUCGCACAGUCAUGCCCGAGACCAUUAAAGACCUAGUCUCUGACAUUGAAUCCAUUGCCCAAAGUUGCCUCAAAUCAUGUGAAGGAAAGUUGAUCACCACUUUCCUUGAAAUGAAAACUUAUACCUUGAAUGUGGCCUUGCUUACAAUUUUUGGAAGAGAUGAAAAUUUGUGUGGAGAGGAUUUGAAGCGAUGCUACUACACUAUUGAGAGAGGGUACAACUCAAUGCCCAUAAACCUUCCAGGGACAUUGUUCCACAUGGCCAUGAAGGCAAGGAAAGAGCUUGCACAGAUCUUCACUCAAAUAAUCUCCACAAGGAGGAACAUGAAGCAAGAUCACAAUGACUUGUUGGGCUUGUUCAUGAGUGAAAAAUCAGGACUCACUGAUGAGCAAAUAAUAGAUAACAUCGUCGGUGUCAUUUUUGCUGCUCGUGACACCACUGCCAGUAUACUUACGUGGAUUCUUAAGUACCUUGAUGAAAAUCCAUGUGUCCUAGAAGCAGUAACGGAAGAGCAGGAGUCCAUACUAAGGGCCAAGGAAGAAAGUGGAGAAAAAAUGGAUCUAAAUUGGUCAGACACAAAAAACAUGCUUAUAACAACCAGGGUCAUACAAGAGACUCUAAGAAUAGCAUCAAUUUUGUCUUUUACUUUCAGAGAAGCUGUAGAGGAUGUUGAAUUUCAAGGGCAUCUCAUACCAAAAGGGUGGAAAGUAUUACCGCUUUUUAGAAUCAUCCACCAUAGUCCUGACAAUUUUAAAGAGCCAGAGAAGUUUGAUCCUUCAAGAUUUGAGGUUGCUCCAAAACCCAAUACCUUUAUGCCAUUUGGCGAUGGGGCCCAUGCAUGUCCUGGCAAUGAAUUAGCCCAGUUGGAGAUUUUGGUGCUUCUACAUCAUCUGACCAGAAACUACAGGUGGUCUAUAAUAGGUGAAAAAAAUAGGAUUCAAUAUGGCCCUUUUGCCCUUCCAGAAAAUGGAUUGCCCAUCAAAUUAUAUCCCAAGAAAUAAAUGUCAUUCAAAUAAAAAG